AUGAGCGGUUCAAGUACAACGACUCUUACGGUUCUAUCCCUAAAUUGCUGGGGUUUGAGAUUUAUUUCCAAGAAAGUCGAUCAACGUAUGGAAGCUAUUGCGGACAAUUUGGCUCAUUCCGACUACGAGAUCGUUUGUUUGCAAGAAGUUUGGGUAUAUCGUAAUUUUGAAGCCAUUAAACAGAAAACAAAAAAACGUUUCCCCUAUUCAAGGUUUUAUAGCAGUGGUGUAUUUGGCACAGGUCUUGUCAUCCUUUCAAGAUAUCCGAUAGUCGAAAUAUCCUUUCAUAGAUAUCGUUUGAACGGUCGUCCCAUUAAAUUUACUCAUGGGGAUUGGUAUGUUGGUAAAGGUGUGGCCAGCGCUGUUGUUGACCAUCCCGUGGCUGGAUUGAUUGAAGUUUUUAAUACCCACACUCACGCUGGAUACGGUUCAAAGAAGGAUGAUAUAUAUUUGGCCCAUCGAGUUUCACAAGGUUGGGAGAUGUCUUCCUUAUUAAAGGCUUCAGCUUCGAGGGGUCGUAACGUAAUCGCCAUUGGUGAUUUCAACAGUCAUCCGGAAUCUUUGGUACAUAAAUUAAUCACCACACAUGGUCAAAUGACAGAUGCUUGGCAAUCUCAGGUUCCAUCAUCUCCAUCGAGCGCGUCCUCCACUUCAAUCCAUCAACAAACAUCGGUUCCGUUCGAUCCACAGCAUUCCAUCAUUCAAAAAGGUUACACCAGCAAUUCCCCACUAAACACUUGGUCAAAGAUUACCAUCAAACAGGCUGAACGAGAUCUUUACGCGGGUCAACGUAUCGAUUUCAUCUUUUAUCGUAAAACUUCACGAUUUUGGUGUAGCGGUUCUCGUGUCGUCUUUACAGAUAAAAUACCUGAACUUGCUGUCAGUUAUUCGGAUCAUUUCGGAGUGGAAGCUACCUUUACACUUGUUGGACGAGACAAGAAUGCUGUAAUCCCACUUUCGGUAUGGGAACAAGGUCAAUAUGAGCAUUUACAUGAACUAGAUACUCGUACUCUUAAAACUGUUGAAGAUAUGUUCAAAAAAGAUUUAAGUAGAUCACAAACAUCUUCACGUAUACAACUAUUUUUCUUUUACCUUUCUUUAAUCGUGAUCAUUGGUUUGUUCGCUUUUGAAGUAUUACUUGCUUCAAGUGUCACUUUCUCACAAUUUUGGAUUAACAUAAUUAUUGUAAUGAUUAUUGGUCCGAUCGCGUCUCUUGGUACUGUAAUGGGAUUACAUGGGUUCCUUUUCGGUAAUGAAGAGCAAAGUACGUUACAACAAUUUAUUGAAGAAGUUCAGUCUUAUGCUGAAGGAAAAAAAGUUCUUGAGAGUCGUGCGAGCAGUAUUGGAUUGCUUGAUGAAAAUGAAAGUAGUCAAAGAUCUUCGGCGGCUGCUGAUGCGACUCAUCAAGUUGAAAUCGGUUUUAAAUCAUAA